AGCGGGCUGCAAACACCGGCAGUCUGCGGUCCACCGGUUCCCUUCGGGGGGCACCUGACCCGGGGACCCUGGCGCAAAUAAUGAAGAAAACUUUCUGGCCAGCCACUGCCGCUUGGCCCAAGCACUUCCUCCUGAAGCGGAGAGGCUGGGGCAGGGAAGAGGAGGAGGCGCACAGGCUGGGAACUCCAGGCGGCGCUGCGAACUCGGGACGCCGUUCCCAUGGUAACCGAGCGCCCGACACACACAAACGCCGGGGCCCCGGGGCCUUUUGGCUGGAUCUGCGCGCCGCCGCUGUCUGGCUUGGCUGUUCUUAUUGAAAACUAUCUUGGCUUGGAUUGAGUUCACUCCCUGCCAUUGAUGGCGAAGUGACCGCCUGCGGCUUGCUGCAGGGUUUCAUCUACUUAAUGCUGCCCCAACAUGUCUGCUGAAGAUGAUCAGUCAUCAAGACGAACAUCACCCCUUCGCUCUGCCACAACGUCCCAGAAUUCCACACAGACCAUAUCUUCGGAGGAGGAGAUCGCGGAAGAAGAGUGUUCAGAGAAAGACUAUCUAUUUCCUGAAGGGGAAGAGUAUCUGGAAGAGGAGGAAUAUCUGGAGGAAGACGACUACCUGGAGGAGGAAAAGUUGCUGAAGGGGAAGGCGUACCUGUAUGGAGAGGGGUAUGCGAAGGCGGGAGAGCAUCUACAGGAGGAAAAGGACCUGGAAGAAGAGUAUCUGUUGGGAAAGUAUCUGGAAGACGGUGAGUAUCUGGAUGAGGGAGAGUAUCUGAAGGGAAAAGAGUAGGUGUGUGAAGAAGAGUAUCUGGGACGGGAUCCAGGAUCCAUGGCUCUUCCCGAACCCUUCCACUGCAGACGGGGCAGGGAGCUGGCGUUUGGCUCAGGAGGCCAGAACCCCAGCCCCGCCUCCACAGGUGCCCCAGAGACCCUGCACCGUCCCAGCCCAAGGAAACCCGCUCAGGGGACCACCUUCUACGCCGCCCCUCCUUUCAUCUCUGAAUUGCCCCACGAGUCUCCAUACCAUGAUGCGAUGCCUUCCACAUCCUCCGUGCAGCAAGAUGGAGAACUUCUGGCCUGGCAUGACGAGAGCACGCAGACAGAAUGGAUCUAUGAGAAUAAGUUGGUGUCUAAUAUGGAUCCCUCGGAAAGUGGGAGUUUAAAAUCGCUAAUGGCCACCUUCUUCUGUCUCUCAACAGCACCUGCAAAAUCAAAAUCAAAACUAAAACUCUCAACAACCACACUAACCACUGCGAAGUCAGAUUUGGAAGUGUGUGCUACCCCUGACGUGGCUCAUGAGGAGGAAAGUGCCAUGGAGUUUGUUUCUAAAGAGAGCUUUUGGGACGAUUUAUUACAUGAACCCACGAACUCAGUGGAAACUGAGAGCUACGCUAACAAGGUUCUCAACAGCUCCUAUCAGGUAGUGUUUAGGACCGGGCUCAAAGAAAUGGCUGCUCGCCAAGAACUGGAAGAGGAUAUUGACAUCCCCCUGACCGGGAUUCUGGAGAGUGAAACCAGGAGGAAACUGGGAAUUCUGUUGAAGAAAAAUUUUGGAAAAUACAAGCAAACAAUCCUCUGGAUUAUGAAGAAACGUGAAAGUAAGGACUACUCUCCUAUUUUUCCAUCCUGUGAUUGCCUCUUACCUUCUGCCACGAACCCUAAAGGAGGCAGAAAUGCUCACUGCCUAACCACAGCACCUACUGGACUAGCAAGGUCCUCGCUUCCAGGGAUAAAAUACCAAGCAAGAUGGACACAGUCUGGGACCCCCUUAUCCUUUUGGGGGGAACUCUGCAACUUCAACCCUUACAUUUCUCUCCAGAGACCUGCCCUUUCCACCAUCUGGCAGCCUUCGCCACUUGGGGGAAUAUGGCCGAUGUCUCAAACCCUCAACCUGUCUGAGAAAGACAGAUCCAGGCUUCCUUUCUCUUUUCUACCAGACUUCCUCACGGCCAAAACUGCGGAGACGUCGACUUUGACAUUUCACUUAUGGAAACAACCACCACAAGGUGAGGAGCCUGUGCCAGAAGCCAAAACAACUCGUCGUGUGGUUUAUCGUAAGAAGAAAUUGGAAGUAGAUACGGGAUGGGUCCACAGCAAGACUGAGGUGCCUCAAGGUGAUGGAAAAUUAAUUCUCUACCCCAGUGGGAUUGUCUUCCAAAUUCUCUUUCCUGAUGAAUCAGGCCAAAUACACUAUCCAUCAGGAAAGCUGGCUAUGCUCAUCCUCAGCACAAAACAGAGAAAGUUCAUAUAUAUCAUUCUAGAAGACAGUGAAGAAGGUUGUGUCCGGGCCCUUAUCAACAACUCCGGCCAUGCCACCUUCUACGAUGAAAACAAAGCAAUCUGGUUGAGCCUGAGCCAAAACCUGGGCUACUACUUCCCCAAAGGCAAAUACCAGAAGGCCUGGAACUGGUGGAAUCUGAACCUGCACGUCCACGCGCCGCCCGUCCAGUCCAUCUCCUUGAAAAUCAACCAGUACAUCAAAGUACAAAUAAGGAGCCAGGAUGAGAUCACCUUCUGCUUCAACCACCAACAGAAGCACAUCCGCUUAAACCUGGGCACCAAGUACAAGUCCAUAACCCCGGAGGUGCUGAGUGAAAUGAGGCAGAAAGCAAUCCUGGAGGUAGAAUGUGGUUCAGCGGCCCAGAAGAUGCAGACCCUCCUGGGAAAAAUGAGUAGGAUCCUGAAUUUCCUGACCAUCCCUGAUUUGGAAAACUUCAUAGAGGCUGCCAGUUCCUUGGCAGUAGGCAACAUGAAACGGAAGGAGAAAUCGUACCUCCCAGACUAGGACAGCCACCAGCUGGUGACCGGCCACCCACCCACCCCACCCCA